AUGUGCCCGCCGGAGAUCUUCAGCAGCCUGGUCCGGAGGCGCCCGGGAGGCCUCCUGAAGGCGUCGGCCAAGGACGAGGGCGGCGAGCCCUGCGCCUGCCCUUUCUCGGUGGGGAUGUCCCGAAGCAGCAUCGGCAACGCGGCCUCCUCCUCGGCCGCCCACCUCCGCAGGCCGGAGCAGUCGCGCGGGGUCUUUUCCGAGGACCAGUUCCUGGCCAUUUCCAGGGAGCUGGUCAGCCCUGGCGGGCGCCCCGACCCCUCUUGGCAGCUCCUCACCAACGUCCAGGGCCUCUGCAUCUACCGGCUCUUCGACGAGAAAUCGGGGCUCUAUGAAUAUAAAAUCUACAGCAUACUUACUGAUUGUUCCCCAGAGCUAUGUGCUGAAGUUUAUAUGGACUUAAACUACAGAACAAAAUGGGACCAAUAUGUUAAAAAUGUACGUGAGAAAACUCAGGAUGGCAAAACAGCUAUCUACUGGGAAGUGAAGUUCCCCUUCCCCUUGGCAAACAGAGAUUAUGUUUUUGUUCGUGAUCGUCGAGAUAUGGAGCUUGAUGGGCAGAAGAUCUAUGUUAUAUUGGCUAAAAGUGUGAAUACUGUUAAAUUCUCAGAAAAGCCUGGGAUUGUUAGAGUAAAGAAUUAUAAACAAGGUGUGGCCUUUGCAAGUGAUGGCAAGAAAGGGUGCAAAGUUUUCAUGACCUAUUUUGACGAUCCUGGUGGAAGGCUUCCUUCGUGGGUUGUCAAUUGGGCAGCUAAGACUGGUGUUCCCAACUUCUUGAAAGACAUGCAGAAAGCUUGCCACAGUUAUCGUAAGAGAUAGACGGCUCUUUGUAUUCAAUCUGAAGGACUGAUAGAUAUACUUUCCAAAGUUGGUCACUGAUGUGGAUAUAGU